UCAGGUUAAUGCAGGUGUAAGGAGGAGGCGGGCGUGUGCUGGCAGGAGCUGACGCUCAAAAACACUUCUCAAACCCAUGACUUCCUCAAAUCUUCCUCUUUAGCUAUGCAUGGAGUGUAUUAGUGACUUUUAGAAAUUGCCUUGGUCCUGUUCAGGAUGUCCUCAACACUGAGUGUGAGAGAUGAACAUGUUGGGAAAGACAAGAAGUGCGCACAAAAAACCCAAGAUGAGAAGCAAGCAGUCCAAGAGAGAACUUUUACCAAGUGGAUAAACAUGCAUUUGAAGAGAUGUGACCCACCUUUACAGGUUCAUAACUUAUUCACUGAUAUUCAGGAUGGAAAGAUUCUCAUGGCUCUUCUAGAGGAACUGUCAGGCUCUAAUAUGCUUGAUAAAUUCAGGCCAUUUCCACAUCGCAUCUUCAGACUAAACAAUAUUUCCAAGGUCUUGGAUUUCCUUGAGGACAGAAAUGUUAGCCUUAUAAACAUUGACGCUAAUGAUAUUGCCGAUGGCAAUCCUUCAGUUGUUCUCAGGCUAAUCUGGAACAUCAUUGUGUACUAUCAGAUUAAACAGGUCACAGGAAGCCUGGAGAAGUUUCCAUCCACCUUCAGUCUGCUGUCAUUACCUUGUGGCAGUGAUUCUUCAGGCCGUAGUUCUCCAGCAUCACCUGGGGAUGACAGUUUUGGCACUCUACCCUCAAAAGGCAAAAGGUCAUCUCGAAAUCUCAAAUACCGCGGUACAGCCAUAAAGACUCUGCUUAACUGGGCACAGAACUGUACUGCAAAAUAUGGGGUAGAAAUUUGCGAUUUUGGUAAAAGCUGGAGGAGUGGAUUGGCAUUUCUGGCUCUGGUUAAAUUCUUCUGUCCUCAGUUUGUGGACAUGAGGAAAGCUUUGUCUUCUGAGCCCCGACUAAAUAUGGAGACAGCCUUCACAGCAGCGAAUGAGUGGCUGGGGAUUCCUCCACUGCUGGAUCCAGAUGAUCUUGCAGUGCAUUCACCAGAUGAGCAGUCUGUCAUCACAUAUGUAGCCCAGUUUCUUGAAUAUUGUCCAGGCCAUGAUGAGGACAGUGCAUCGACAGAUUCCUCUCGAGGCACACCACAUUUCAUUGAAAGAUUCGACAGACAUUGGACUGAUUCAGUUAGCUGCAUGUUACCAUCUAAUAUCUCUGCUGAAGCUUUGAGAGGGCUUCAUAACUCUUCUGAGACCAGCCAAGAGGAACAAACCUACCAUACUGGAGAUCAAGAGCUCAGCUCAGAGUCACUGCCUGCCUGUCCUUCAGACAACCCUGUGGGUUUAGCUGCUCUGUCUGAACAUUUCCUCACCAUGAAGAGCUCCAGCUGGUCAAAUGGGCAAUCCCUGCCAGACUCCACUGGGGGGCAGUGUUGUGACUCUUUAGCAUGGAAGAAAGGCUAUUUGGGAAGCCUGGAUAAUGAUGGGAACUCUUCAGAGGUUUCAAAAGAGGCUGUUUAUGCUAUGCCAAUGCUGGAUUCAGAUGAAGAGGAUGCAUAUAGCUAUAUAUUAGAGCUGGACCAUAAAGACGCUGAACUAGAGACAGAUGUUGACCUUGAAUUAAAUACAAUUAUGGAUGCACAGGGAACAGAGUUUGCCAGUACAUUUGAAUCUCAAGGAAGUGAAAUAAACUCAUUGUGUCAUUUUUGUGAGACACAGAGGCAGUUAAAGCCCACAGAUGUGUUGACUGGGUCAGGUGACGACAAAAGUGCCUUAGAAACAUUUUCACCUGCUUCUGACUCUUUGCUGAUGAAGCAAUUUGGUAAAAAUAUACCAAUAUCAUCUACCAAUGAACAUUUGGACUUGGGCUGUUCAUUAAAAAUGAAGGAGAGUAUUUACUCAGAUGCAUUUAAUCUGACUCACGGUGAUGGUGUUGAUGAUGCAUUUGUGUCACCAGUGAAAAAUGGUCUAGAUAAGGAAAAAAUCAGAGAGGACAUUUUCCCCGGUGCAGUGAAGGAUGGUCUAUCAGAUAAUGACCAAUAUGAGCAAAACAAUGUUUUGGAUCAAAGAGUUUUGGAUAGAAUAACAGGAGAACCUGCAGUUUCACAGAGGAAGGGGGGUCUUGACCUAACUAGUUAUGAGGUGCAUGUGCUUCUGUUCCUCUGGAUGAUCGCCUACUGCAUCCUUAUGUAUCCUCACCUGGAUAUUCUCAGUCUAUUCAACCCAAAAUAGCAGUACAUGAGAAAUAUAAUUACAAGGUUGUACAAAGUACUAUACUCUGGGUCCACACACACAAACUCUUACGUUAUCUCCUUCUCAGACCUUAUCAGACAUUUAACAAAAAAAAAUCCUAUUGACUUUGGGAUGCUAAAUCAUUUCUGGGUUUUAGGACUCAUUUCUGCAGCACUCAAUAAAUAUUCUCUUUUUUGUUGCUUUACCUUUAAUAUAUCUAUGUAGCCUACAUAAAUGUCCUCGCUUGUGACAUGAGAAACAAGGUUCGGUGUACAGUCGUUGAUGUUGCCUCAUCUUUCAAUAACAACCUGCAAAUCUUGCUUUACAUUGUAAAAGUUUCACAAAACAAUCUGUAGUAAAAUAUGCACACACAGAGUCUGUUCAAAAAUCAAUGAGCUACCCAACUGACUAAAUUGGCAACUGCCUUCUAAGAUAGUAAUAUCCUAAAAUAUGGAAUCUUAUAACUGACAGAUUGAACACUCUAUAUAAGCAGCAACUAUACACAACACAAAGUGAUUUCAACAGAGUUAGCAUGUUGCUAAGCUAAAAACAUGCACAUUUAUUCUAAUACUCAUAAAAAUGCAUGGCACACACAUCAAUUGAGUAAAACAUGUUUUGAUUUUAUUAUUAUUUAAAUUUGUUUCCAUCAAUGGAUUCUGGUACUGAAUGAAUUACAUUAACAAUUAACAUUUCGCUUUGA